UCCUCUCCCCCUUCUACACCACCGCGCACACUAGCGCGCAUCAUCCAUGCGCAUUCAUCCACUUUUCCCUCUUUCGACUUGGGAACUAUACAACAUGGGACAGAAGGAUAUGUGCAUUUCAAAUAUGGAUUCCAUUUUGCUUUUGCGCCUUUACCGCUGAUUCUACUUUCCGUUUUUUUUUGUGUGCGUGGACCUUGAGCUCUUCGUUGAAGCUUUUUUUCUUUCAUUUUUUCUUUUUAGGCGCUCUAUAUUUUGGCGACGAAGGGUGUCUCGAGCGCGUCGAUCUCCAAAGUGGAUGUUUAUCGUUGACUCUUUCCUCUAAGUCGCCCCCAUGACUGAGCUCGGGUGCGUGCACGGACCGGGCUGCCCACUCGGCGGGAGCCGCGGCUAAAGUUUGCAGGGCUCGCCCUUAUCACCUCCGGAUUUGCCCAUUCCCUCCUCACUAGGUGGAUAUCUGCUUGGAUUUACGCAGCCUCCACAACACUAUUAACACCAUGAAGACCAUUAUUGCCGAUGGGGGGCGGCUACUGGUUGUGUUCAUGUGGCUGAACUUUGCACGUCAAAGUGCCAGCUGCCCAGCCAAGUGCGUCUGCUACAGUGAACCCCGGCCCACCGUCGCAUGCCAGCAACAAGGACUCUUUUCCAUCCCUACUGAGAUUCCGGUGCGGAGCCAGCGAAUCUUCCUCCAGAGCAACAAGCUGACGGUUGUGAGAUCCACAAGCUUCAGCUCUUGUCAAAAUCUUACCGUCCUGUGGCUCUACUCGAACAACAUCAGCCACAUCGAGGCCGGCGCCUUCUUCGGCUUGGAGAAACUGGAGGAACUGGACAUCGGGGACAACGGGAACCUUCGCACAAUCAGCCCGACGGCCUUCCGAGGCUUAACCAAGCUGCACACGCUUCACCUGCACAGGUGCGGCUUAUCCGAGCUGCCCGUGGGUGUAUUCCGAGGAAUGUUCUCCCUACAGUACCUUUACUUGCAGGACAAUAACAUUUUAACCCUGCAUGACGACACUUUUCUGGACCUCGCCAACCUUACCUAUCUCUACCUGCACAAUAACAAGAUCAAAGUCGUGACUGACAACAUGUUCCGUGGUUUGAUCAAUCUCGACCGCCUGCUGCUACACCAGAACCGUGUCAUCUUUGUCCAAGCCAGGGCUUUCAGUGAUCUGGCCAAGCUGAAAUCCCUCUUUUUGUUUUUCAACAACCUCACCGUCUUGACGGGGGAAACCAUGGAGCCACUUAGCACCCUCCAGUACUUGCGCUUAAACGGUAACCAGUGGAUUUGUGACUGUCGGGCCAGGACCUUGUGGGAGUGGUUCAAACGUUUCAAGGGUUCCAGCUCGGAGUUGGAGUGUGACGUUCCGGAAUUCCUGGCAGGGAAGGAUCUGAAGCGGCUGAAGAGCGAAGACUUGGAGGGAUGCGUGGAAACGCCUCAAAUCCAGACCAAUCUCUUCAGCUCCAAGGCCCAAUCCGGGAAGUUCCCCUCCACCGAAAACCCCCAAGGGGACACGAUUCCUCGGUGCUGCCUCAGCGAUACCGACAAAUCCUCCAUCCUGUCCGGCAAGAGUCAGCGAAUUACCAACAACCCCUUGAAGGAAAAGGAGAACAUGUCCAAGACCAAAUUCAAGGAUCCGGAAAGAACCAAAAACGACACCCAGAACAAGCAGAACGACGGACCUCUCGGAACCUUAUCCAACACCCUGGACCAGUCCCUGGAAAAUAUGAACCCUAACCUUAUAGACAGUCUGGAAUCUUCUACAGCCUCAAGUAAAAAGAAAAAGAAGUGCUCCAAAAAGCCCAGAUCAGACAGCCACUGCAUCAAAGGCCGGGGUGCUACCUUGCAAGUGCUGCACAUUCUCCUCCUUCCCACCGUCUGGAUCUCACUAGCCAUGUCUUAGAACUCCAGUUAUGAUUCCAAAUGCAGGACUGGAGAUUGUGGAAGCUCAUGACAAUGAUAAGAGAUGAUGCAGGGCGUAUCGAAAACAGACAGUGACUGAAAAGCGAGUUGAUAAGCUCACCUGGCGAGGGCGAGGCAAGAAACGAGGGUGAAGCUAGAGUACGUUUAACAAAAUGGAUGCCUUUACAGAACAUUACAGAUAUGAUGUAUAUAAUGAAUCGGUGCCCAAAAUUGUUUGUUCUCUAUGUACUGAACUGUGUGUGUCUAAGCUACAUUUUGGAGAUUUCCUCCCCCCCCCCCCCCCCCGUUUCCCACUUUAAAGCUUCGGCCGCUUAGCGAGUGCACUAUGAGACGGAAAAAAAAGAACAAAAACAAAAAAACGUACAAGCGAUCUGACACAGUAAGCACACGAUGAAUGUUGGGUCCAUUUAACGACAACUAAGGAAAGCCCCCCAACCCCCCCGCCUCCCGUUAUUUAUUGAAAGUGAUGCAUCAGUUGGGUAAUGUUGUUUGUUAUGUUCAAAAAUGUUGUUUUCUCUUCCCCCAUUUUUUGGUUUUAUUUUCGAGAGAGAAAGGAUAUAUGGGUAGCAUUUGCCAAAGGAAUGCUGCCAAUUUAUUUCUUGCAAUGGAACCAUAGAUAUGCAUUUUAUUUUACUUGUGGACAAGUAUGAAAAUAAUAUGAAUAAAAAUUCUUAUUUCGUA